GCGACGGAGCGACGCCAGCGACGGAGCUCAUUGUCAAAAGGACACUCAUAACUCCGAAUCAUAAUCGUUUGACAAAAUUAUAAUUCGAUCGUCGUUUAUAAUCGUCGCGAAAUGUUGCGCGUCGCUGCGAGACGAGUACAGAAUAUAACGACCGUCGCUUCACGGACGUUGAGCGCACAGUCUUCGAGCGCCGCCGGUCAAUCCACGGUGAACGCCGACGUGCCGGGCCUCAGCCAGAAUGUUGUCAAAGUACCAAACGCACCCGUAGGGCCCAACGCUUCCAAGGACAAGGAGUACAAGAAUCCCGAGUACUUUUGCUACCACGUGGACUCGUUCGCGGAGGCUGAGUUAGAAUUGGCAAAGUACAGACUGCCGCCGCCGUCUAAUAAGAGACCGUUCAACAAAUAAACGAUAGAACGAAGAAUAUAGUAGGAAUAAAUGAGAUAGCAAAUUUAAUAAGUUUGGGGAAAAUGUUCGAGAGAGAUGACGACAAGCCAGAGUGUUCAAAACUGCGCUAUUAUUAUUACUUAAGAAAAAUACGUUUAAUAUAUUAUUUAUCUACGUAAUCCCCUCCGAUCGUUUUCGCCAUUUUAUCUCUGGAGAACAAAAAUACAUUUUGUCAAGCAUAUCUAGUCCGUCGCUCGUAAAUAAACAUGAAAAUAAACAACAUGAAA